AAACAUUUUGUGGCUGAAAAGUUUUGCGAGGUUCCGAUGGCAGAAGCAAACGAGCUCAGCAAAGAAUGGUUGUCUGUGAAUAGCAUCUAUCGGCCGUAUGAUCCAAAAGUACUGGUUAUGAAUGAUGCGCGCACAAAUGCAAAACGUCAGUCUGAUGAAGAAAAAGACGUUGCGGGUCCUUCAAAACUGCGACAGCAACCCUCAUUGCCGAAAUGGUUUAAAAAAUCGUAA